CGCAACAACCAAUUCGAGGUCGACUUUCAAGCCUCAAUCUGCAAUCAAAUCAGGCUCUGCAUGAGGCUGUCUUUAAAGGUGCGAUGAUGUCGAGGUCUGCGCUCCCAAGGUUCCAACUGGAAGCCCAUCGAAAACUUCAAUACUCAUACAGUAUUUACUUUUGUUUCUACAAUGGCAUCAAGGAUUAGCAGCGACUUCAGUCAGGAUGUAUAUCUUGAUAUAGCGAUGGCUUUAUGGUCAUGGGAUCUCUCUCAGCCCUGCAAUGAACGACGACCUCAUGCAUGUAUCCAUCAGCGCUGUAUCGGUGGGCGAAUUCCUCAACUUCAGCGAUAUUUCACGUACUACAAAGCUAUUGUCUCGACUUAUAUGGAUGCAACCUCUGCGACAACAAGAAGAAUAAAAACGCACGAGGACCUAUUUCAGAUCAUUUCCAUCUUGAAAACGAAUCCAGACGCCACUCUAUCAGAGCUGUGUCGAUUGACCCGUCAAAGCACAGGCUCACAAGCGGCUGAUGGAACGAGACAAGUCGAUGCAAUGGCACUUGGGGUCAAGACUUUAUUAAUGAUCGACCCUUCGGCCCUUCACCAUUCAUCAGACAGACUUGAGAAAGGGACCUACCGCAUUCACUGGAAAGAGGACGUGCCUCUCAGCAAAUACAUCCAAGACUCGUUUCCACUUGGCAAUCACAGCAUUCUCAGUUACGAUAACAGCGAGUCGUUCGCAGAUGUCAAGAAGGAGCUCAAAGCUGUCAACCUGAAGAAGCGACUAGGUAUCACUAUUAGGGCAACAUCAGAUAUUCGCAACCACCUGCACUUUGACAGAAGAAACAACUACCUCGAAGUUUAUCACUACACUUCUUUUCUCAAAGAACAGUUGAGAGUGACUCGGGAUGUUGGAGAUUGCUCCAGUCCGUCUUCAUCACUCAAGAGAGGAGUAUUACCACGCCAAUUAGUCCUCGAAGUAUUGGACUCUCUCCAAGGGACACUGUUCCCGCUCUCAGACCCCAGAUCGAAGAAACUUCUCCGCUCACUCGUCUCAAAGUGCUCGUUCGACCCAGACAUUCUCAACUUUGAAGUCAGUUCCGUCAGGCGUGUAGGAGAAGAAAGCGUUCCGUAUGUCUACUUGGCCGAUAGACUGGCAGAUCUGUACAACGAACUUCAGACACCUCGGCCUCGCGGUUGGCUCCAGCAGUCAAUGCAGAGGAAGAGUGGUGCCAGACAUGUAAUGAUGGCUACACUGAUAGGAGUCAUCUUUGCUGUGCUCUUGGGAAUAGCCUCGCUUGCUGUGAGUUCAUAUCAAGCUUGGAUAGCAUAUCAGGCGUGGAAACAUCCAGUUCAACCAUCCUAGAGCUGCAGACUUCAGGCAAGAAGUAUGACAGCCAUUGCGCCUCCCUCUACACCAAUGUCUCGAAUAUGAGUCAAAUUUGUGCUUCAACACUCACAUACGACCACAGCUCGUGGAGAACACGGGAUCCCGUCUGCUCUCCCUUAGUUAAGCCACGAAGCGCUGGAUCAGUAGUUGGGUCGGUGACGACCAGCGAAUCCCCGGAGUUGUA